AUGUCGCUGAAUCGCGUUGCCUCCGUCGAGACAUUCCAAUUCCUUCCUCCAGGCCAGAGGUCGAGGCGAGGUAGCGAUGCCUCCAGUGUACGGGCUGGCAGGCUGAGCUUCAACCCUCUGCCCGACGAGUGGGAUCCUGCCGCAGCCAAGCCCGAUACCGUUCACGCUGUUGGAGCCUUUGAGGUCCCACAAUGGAAGAGAAUCCUCCAAGUUGCCGUUUCUGUUGUCUACUGUCUCUUUGCCGCCGGUGUCGCCUUUGGCUUCGCAGCGCUGAAGCCGGUCCUUAAGCGUGAAGGUGCUUACAGCGACAUCUGCUCCGCCGAUGAUCCCGGCGCGUCCCCGGACGACACCUGCGUCGAGAUUCAUCUUAACCUGAUGUUCACGGUGGCAGCUGUCGGUACCAACGUUGCUGCCCUACCAGUCGGCGCCAUCCUCGACCAUUUCGGCCCCCGAGUAUGCGGCAUCAUUGGGAGCAUGUUUCUGAUUUUGGGCUCUCUUCUGAUGGCAUAUGCCAAGCGGCUGCCUUUUGAUGCUUUCCUGAUCGGAUACCUAUCGCUUGCGCUGGGAGGUCCGUUUACGUACAUUUCAUCCUUCCAGCUCUCCAAUGCGUUCCCCAGGCACUCAGGCCUCAUCCUCGCCCUUUUGACGGGCGCCUUUGACGCUUCGAGUGCCCUGUUCCUAGUGUAUCGCUUGAUCUUCCAAGCAACCGACGGCACGUUCGGCCACGACAAGUUCUUCAUGGUGUACCUGAUUGUGCCAGUGUUGAUCAUCGUUUUCCAGCUCACGCUUAUGCCGAAGCAGUCCUACAAGACGGUUGGAGAAUUGGUUGAACAACAGGAGGAGGCUGCGGCGGCCAGCGAUGCCGACCCGAGCCCGUACGAUGACCAGGUCGACGAGACCACGGCUCUGCUCCGCGAAGAGCGCCGCCAGCACCGCGACUCCGUCGUGGCUGACAUUGAGCAACUCAUCGGCGCCCAGAAGGCGGGCAAGCAGCCGCGCCACGAGGCGAAGAAGAACGAGAUUUCGGGAGUCUGGGGCGUAAUGCACAACCGGACGGCUCUGAGGCAGAUUGCGUCUCCCUGGUUCAUCCUCAUCUGCCUGUUCACCGUCAUCCAGAUGCUCCGUAUCAACUACUUUGUGGCCACCAUUAGGUCACAGUACGAGGUCAUUUUCGGAGACCACGACAAGGCCGUCCAAAUCAACAACUUUUUCGAUAUUGCCCUGCCUGUUGGAGGCAUCUUGUCUAUCCCGUUUAUCGGGGUGCUCCUUGACCACACGAGCACCGUCACAGUGCUCUCUGCCCUCGUGACCAUUGCCACAACCAUUGGCGUUUUGGGCGUCAUCAACAACGUCUGGGCGGCGUACAUCCAGAUCUGUCUCUUUGUGCUCUACCGCCCCUUCUACUACACUGCGGUGUCGGACUACACCGCCAAGGUCUUUGGCUUCGAGACGUUUGGCACCGUGUACGGCACCAUCAUCUGCCUUUCCGGCCUCUUCAACUUCUUCCAGUCAGGCUUGGACGUCCUGUUCCACGAGACGUUCGGAGGCGAUCCCGUUCCUGUCAAUGUCAUUCUGCUCUCGGCCGGCUUCGCCGUUGGUAUCAUGAUGGUUGGAUACGUUGCUCUUAGGGCGAGGGGGUUGAAGCGGAAAAUGCUGGAACAGGAAGCCGAAUCGGCUGUUGGCUACAACUGA